CAUCGGAAAAAGGAUGAAUGCUGCCGAGAAUAGCCGGCGAUGGGACCGGCGAGACAACACGAGGAUAUCAAAGAAGCAAAAACUAAUACUUAACUCCGAAGAACAACUCGAAUCUAAGCUAGGGUUUGAUGUUUUCACUGAAGGCGAUAAACGACUUGGCUGGCUUCUCACUCUUUCAUCUUCAUCGUGGGAGGAUCAGGAGACUCGCAAAGCGUACAGUUGCGUCGAUCUUUAUUUUGUUUGUCAGGAUGGUUCAACAUUCAAAGCAAAGUACAAAUUCAGGCCAUAUUUUUACGUGGCAACAAAGGAUAAAAUGGAAAUGGAUGUCGACGCAUAUCUGAGAAGGCGAUAUGAAUCUCAAAUAGCAGACAUUGAAGUUUUAGAGAAAGAAGAUCUUGAUCUUAAAAACCAUCUGUCUGGCCUACACAGAUCAUAUUUAAAGGUAUCAUUUGACACUGUCCAACAGUUGAUGCACGUGAAGAGGGAUCUAACACACAUUGUUGAGAGAAAUCAAACGAAGUUUGAUACUAUAGAAGCAUAUGAAUCUAUACUGACGGGGAAAAGCAAGCAGCGAAGUCAAGAUUUUAUAGAUUAUAUCACUGAUCUACGUGAAUAUGAUGUCCCCUACCAUGUUCGCUUUGCCAUUGACAAUGAUAUUAGAUGUGGUCAGUGGUAUGAUGUCAGUGUAUCGAGCUCCGGUGUUAUGUUAGAGAAGAGGACUGAUCUCUUGCAGCGAGCUGAAGUUCAUGUUUGCGCCUUUGAUAUUGAAACCACAAAGCUUCCUCUUAAAUUUCCUGAUGCCGAAUAUGAUUCCAUAAUGAUGAUCUCAUAUAUGGUUGAUGGCCAAGGCUAUCUCAUUAUUAACAGAGAGUGUGUUGCGGAAGAUAUAGAGGAUAUAGAGUAUACCCCAAAACCAGAAUAUGAAGGGCACUUUAAAGUGACAAAUGUGAAAAAUGAGGAAGGGCUCCUUAGACACUGGUUUGCACAUAUGCAAGUGGUGAAGCCCGGUAUCUAUGUAACAUAUAAUGGUGACUUCUUUGAUUGGCCAUUUGUGGAGACAAGAGCUACUCAUUAUGGUUUGAGUCUGAAGGAUGAGCUUGGGUUUUCCUGUGACAAGAAUCAAGGGGAAUGUCGCGCUAAAUUUGCUUGCCAUCUGGACUGUUUCGCUUGGGUCAAACGUGAUAGUUAUCUUCCUCAAGGAAGCCAAGGUCUGAAGGCUGUUACAAAGGCCAAGUUGGGUUAUGAUCCUCUAGAAGUUAAUCCUGAGGAUAUGGUUCGCUUUGCAAAGGAAAAACCACAGAUGAUGGCUUCAUAUUCUGUAUCAGAUGCUGUUUCAACUUACUACUUGUAUAUGACCUAUGUUCAUCCCUUCAUUUUCUCCCUUGCAACCAUAAUACCCAUGCCACCAGAUGAAGUCUUGCGCAAAGGAAGUGGGACUUUGUGUGAAAUGCUUCUUAUGGUCCAGGCUUAUAAGGCACAUGUUAUUUGUCCAAACAAGCACCAGUCUGAUCCAGAGAAGUUUUAUGGUAGUCAACUCCUUGACAGUGAGACAUAUAUUGGUGGUCAUGUGGAAUGCCUAGAAAGUGGUGUAUUCAGAUCCGACAUUCCAACCAGUUUUAAACUCGAUCCUUCUGCCUAUGAGCUAUUGAUCAACAACCUUGAUAGAGAUCUGCAGUAUGCUAUUGAGGUUGAGGGGAAGAUGGACUUGAAAUCUGUCAUAAAUUAUGAUGAAGUGAAGAAUGCCAUUGUGGAAAAGUUAAUGAGAUUGCGAGAUAAUCCUUUAAUUGAAGAAUGCCCCCUCAUAUAUCAUCUUGAUGUAGCUGCCAUGUAUCCAAACAUCAUACUUACAAAUAGGCUUCAGCCACCAUCAAUAGUUUCAGAUGAGAUAUGCACUGCAUGCGAUUUUAAUCGUCCUGGCAAAAAGUGUCUCCGGAAGCUUGAAUGGGUUUGGCGUGGUGAAAUGUACACGGCAAAAAGAAGUGAUUAUUACCACAUAAAGAGGCAACUCGAGUCUGAACUUGUUGAAGUAGGAGAGGGUCAACGAUCAAAGUCUUUUCUUGAUUUGCCUAAAGCAGAACAACAAAUAAAGCUCAAGGACCGUUUAAAGAAAUACUGUCAAAAGGCAUAUAAAAGAGUUCUUGAAAAGCCGGUCACAGAAGUUCGAGAAGCAGGGAUCUGCAUGCGAGAAAAUCCUUUUUAUGUUGAUACCGUACGGAGUUUCCGAGAUAGGAGGUAUGAAUACAAAGGGCUUAAUAAAGUUUGGAAGGGUAAGCUGUCUGAAGCAAAGGCUAGUGGCAAUUCCAUAAAGAUUCAAGAAGCACAGGACAUGGUAGUUGUGUAUGAUUCAUUGCAGCUGGCUCAUAAAUGCAUCUUAAACUCCUUUUACGGUUAUGUCAUGCGCAAGGGUGCAAGGUGGUACUCAAUGGAGAUGGCUGGAGUUGUUACAUAUACUGGUGCAAAAAUCAUUCAGAAUGCUCGAUUAUUGGUUGAAAAAAUUGGAAAACCCCUCGAAUUAGACACAGAUGGUAUUUGGUGUUGUUUACCAGGAUCUUUCCCUGAGAAUUAUACCUUCAAGACAAAAGAUCCAAAGAAGAAGCUGACAAUCUCCUAUCCUUGUGUCAUGCUGAAUGUUGAUGUUGCAAGAAACAACACCAAUGAUCAGUACCAGACGCUCAAGGAUCCCAUCAAUAAGACGUAUACAACACACAGUGAAUGCUCAAUUGAGUUUGAAGUGGAUGGACCAUAUAAGGCAAUGAUUAUUCCCGCUUCCAAGGAAGAAGGUAUUCUAAUUAAGAAGCGCUAUGCAGUUUUCAAUGAUGAUGGUACGCUUGCUGAGCUUAAAGGUUUUGAGAUUAAACGUAGAGGUGAGCUAAAGCUCAUCAAAGUUUUCCAGGCUGAGCUUUUUGAUAAGUUCCUCCAUGGAUCAACCUUAGAGGAAUGCUAUUCAGCAGUAGCUGCUGUGGCAGAUCGGUGGCUUGACCUGCUUGACAAUCAAGGCCAAGAUAUUGCAGACAGCGAGUUGCUUGGGUAUAUAUCAGAAUCAAGCACAAUGAGCAAGUCUCUAGCUGAUUAUGGUGCACAAAAGUCAUGUGCAGUAACUACAGCUAAACGGCUUGCUGAUUUUCUGGGGGAUGCAAUGGUCAAAGAUAAAGGAUUGCUUUGUCAAUAUAUUGUUGCAUGUGAGCCAAAGGGAACCCCAGUAAGCGAACGUGCUAUUCCUGUUGCCAUAUUUGAAACUAAUGCUGAGAUCAUGAGGUUCUAUGUCAAAAAGUGGUGCAAAAUAUCAUCAGAAGUAGGAAUACGCUCCAUUAUUGAUUGGUCUUAUUACAAGCAACGGCUUGGUUCAGCAAUCCAAAAGAUUAUCACAAUUCCUGCUGCAAUGCAGAAGGUUUCAAACCCUGUCCCAAGGGUGGUUCAUCCUGAUUGGCUGCAUAAGAAGGUUCGUGAAAAAGAAGACAAAUUUCGCCAACGAAAAUUAAAUGAUAUCUUCAGUUCAGUGAACAGAGAUGAUGCAGUGGCCAGUAAACAUUCUAAAAAUCAGCAAAAUCUUGAAGACCUGGAAGACUUUAACCAGAGUGGUAAAUCGACUAUAUUUGGUCCAAGGCCUGUUGUCCAUCGUCAUGGAGUCAACAAAGAACAUCCAGUAAACACUAGUGUUCAAGUCGACAGUCAACAGCAAAAUGGUCAAGCUAGCAGUCUAUGCAAGAUGUUACCUUCGCAAGAAAUUGCUGCUGUGGAAGAUAUUGACAGGAAUGUGGAUUAUCAUGGAUGGCUACAGCAAAAAAAGAGAAAAUGGAAAGAGAUUCGCGAGGGAAGGAAACGCCAAAGGUUGGAUACCUCAAGGACAGUAAACCAUGUUAAUGGCAGUACUGAAUUGUUUCAUAGCCUGGUAAACCGCAAACGCCAGGGUAAAACUGGGGUUAAUUCCUACUUUGAGCGACAUGAAUUAGCCCUCACACGAAGUCACUGGCAGAUAGUUCAGCUUGAACCAAGUUCACAGCAUGGCCAAUUUUUUGCAUGGGUAGUUGUGGAAGGAGGCAUGCACAAAAUUUCAGUGACUAUCCCCAGAGUGUUUUAUCUCAACUCCAAAGCUCCUAUAACAGAGGAAUUUCCUGGAAGACGUGUCAAUAAGAUUCUUCCUCACGGACGCCAUAGCUACAAUUUAAUUGAGGUCAUUAUUGAUGAGGAUCAAUUCAAGUCAGAGAGCAAGAAGCUAGCAGCUCACCUUGCUGAUCCAGAAGUGGAGGGAAUAUAUGAAACAAAGGUUCCAUUAGAGUUCAGUGCUAUUCUCCAGACGGGUUGUGUUUGUAAAGUUGAUAAAGCAGCUAAGAAAAGGAAUCCACAAGAUGGUUGGAGUUUGAAUGAGCUGCAUAUGAAGACAACAACUGAGUGCCCGUAUUUGGAUCAGUCAAUAGCUUUCUUCUACAUAUAUCAUAGCGUGUCCGAUGGACGAGCUAUUUACGUAGGACAUUUUCCUGCGUCCAAGGUGGUACAUGUUGUGGUUGUUAAUCCAUUUCAAAACAAGGAAUUAUCACCACACAUUCUUGAAAGACAUUUUUAUGAAGCUUCCCAGACAUUGUCUGGGCAGCCUAUCACACAAAAGGAAGGCAUUAGUUUCAAGGUGGAUUACGUCGGGUACAUCAAGGACGCUGAGAGGAUUCUACAGAGAGCAAUUAAUGAGCAUAGGAAUCAUGGACCUGCAGUAGCCAUGAUUGAGUGCCCUAAUGCCCAUUUACUGAAGUCUGGCGUACGAGCUUUGCAUGAUUUUCCUUGCAUCAGUAUCCCUUGUAAUGUUCGGGAUAGCCAAUAUCAGGCACUAGGCUGGCAAAAUGUAGCAGCAAAGAUUGGAAUGCAGCGGUGUGUGACAUCCUCCCAGUGGCUAAAUGAAAGGAUCACUCUCUCAAGAUAUGCCCAUGUUCCCAUGGGGAAUUUUGAUGUUGAUUGGCUCAUGCAUACAGCAGAUAUCUUCUUUUCUAGAGCACUUCGUGAUCAGCAACAGGUCUUGUGGAUAUCUGAUAAUGGCAUCCCUGACUUGGGGGGCAUAAAUGAUGAAGUAUCAUCGUUUAUGGAUGAGGUCAAUCAACCGGUUCUUACUUACCCGGGUGCAUAUAGAAAAGUCACUGUUGAGCUGAAGAUUCAUCAUCUGGCUGUCGACGCUCUACUGAAAAGCAACCAAGUAAAUGAAAUGGAAGGAGGCACUCUGUUUGGACUGGACCAGGACCCUAUGACGAGUUUUACUAAUGAACAGUACUACUCUGAUGCAACGACCUCCUGUGCACCUGCAUUUCGUGUACUCAAGCAUUUGAUUCAGAGGUGCCUUACAGAUGCAGUAACAUCAGGAAACAUAUUUGCUGAUGCAAUGCUGCAACAUUUGUACCGAUGGCUCUGCAGCCCGCGAUCUAGACUGCAUGACCCAGCUCUUCACAAUAUGCUUCACAAGGUUAUGCAAAAGAUGUUUGCGUUGCUUGUGGCUGAACUCCGAAAAUUGGGUGCUGCUAUUGUGUUUGCCAGCUUCUCAAAAAUUAUCAUUGACACUGGGAAGUCAGAUGUAUCUGCAGCCAAAGCCUACUGUGAUAGUGUUAUUAAAAAUGUACAAACAAGAGAAUUAUUUGAGUGGAUUGAACUUGAGCCCUUGCAGUUCUGGCACUCAUUGCUUUUCAUGGAUCAGUACAAUUAUGGCGGAAUUCAAGCUAGACUUAGUGAUGGGCCUUUAGAAGCUAACUCAGAACCAGGUGAAGAAAGUGUGUGUGGUGAACCUCAAGUCGACAUUGUGUCAAGCUGGAACAUUGCAGAAAAUUUACCGAAGGCAACUCAGGAUCACUUCAUUUUGAUUGUUUCGGAGUUUAUGUAUGUUCCAUGGAAAUAUGCACAAGAACAAGCUACACAUCGAGCAUCUACUAGUGAUGGUGAUUUUUGCACACCAUCAAUCCCUGCGGCACUUGCUGAAACAUUUGAUUUGCAAAUGGCAGAUGAUCUAAAAAAGAAGAUCCGAACUUACUUCACUGACAAACUUCUGAAAAUUGUUUGUGACCCAAAUCUUCAAAUGAAAGUGAUGAACAACUCUCAGAAGACCCAGGAGACAUCAGAUGCAAACCCACAAUCUUAUAGCCACGUCCAGAAGGGAGAUCCAGCCUUAGAGUUCAUUAAGCAUGUCUGUGCAGUUUUGGCCCUUGACCAGAAUGUGCAGCAUGAAGUUCUGAUCAUGAGGAGAAAUCUAUUAAAACUUGUUCGUGUGAGGGAAUUCGCUCCGGAGGCAGAAUUUCGUAGUCUCUCUGUAUCAUAUACCCUUCCAAAUGUCAUUUGCAGUUACUGCAACGACUGCAGAGACCUUGACCUGUGUCGAGACAAAGCUUUGAUUUCUCAGGAGUGGCGUUGUGCUGUGCCCCAGUGUGGGCAACCUUAUGAUCGUGAAGCAAUGGAAAAUGCUCUUGUUCAAAUUGUGCGUCAGAGAGAGAGGCUAUACCAUCUUCAGGAUCUGGUAUGCCUAAAAUGCCACCAGAUUAAAGCUGCACAUUUAGCAGACCACUGUACUUGUGCCGGAUCAUUUAGCUGCAAGGAAAAUGUCUCGGAUUUCUGCAGUAAAAUGCAAAUUUUCUUGAAUAUAGCCAUAAAUCAAAAGUUUCAAUUGCUCCAAGAAUGCACUUCUUGGAUUUUGGAAGCCAGAUAAACAAGUAUCAGAUAAGCGUGGCUCAUUAGCAGUGACAACAGUUUGAACACUAACAUUUGCUGGCUGCUCUGCAUGGUGCAAGGGUUUCUCAUGGCAUCCAAAGCAAGAUUUAAUCUUAUCGAUACAAACAUUAUUCCCAUCGUAUUCUAGGAGUCCAUAAAAUGAGAGCUGAUCCUUUUUAUUCAGCUGUCUGCAUGGGCUACGGUAAAUGCUCUCGAGGAGUGCUACAGAAGUGCCAGUUAUCUCAACAUCUGCACCCUUUUUUCGGUGAGGAAAAAAGAAAAAGUGUUGCCUCCAGUACCUAUGCUCAACUCCAGAUUUACUGGUUUGGUGGAAACUGAUUUAUAUAGAGAGCAUGCAGAUAAUUACUUAUAUGGAAGGACCAAUUCAACAUCUUAGCAAGAUUUUCUGUAUCAUGCGCUAGAAAUGAUACUUCUUUUUGUAUUUAUGCUACAAGAGUUGAGCUGUAUGAUAUUCGUAAUGCAAGAGCAGUAAAAUGUAAAUAGUCAUCCUUUUUUUAUUAGUAAAUGACAAGGUAGUCAACUGUAUCAUCUAAUUAUUUUAUAGAUUUAGUUUUAGUUUUAUGUCUAUUUUACAA